CACUGGUUUUGUGAGAAAGCUUCUUGAACAGAUGAAAAUAGAGGAUUUAGCUAUCAAAAAUAAUGCCGGUAACACAGCUUUUUUUCUUGCUGCUGCGUCCGGAGAGGUUGAAAUCAUCAAGGCCAUGAUGAAGAAGAAUGGAGACUUAACAAAGAACCUAGGUAAUAAUGGCAUUUCACCACUUCACAAGGCAGCUCUGAUGGGAAACAAAGAGAUUGUACAAUACCUUUAUGGAGCCACUCAAGAUGAAAUAUUAGAUAAUGAUAAUGAUCGCAUCGAAUUGCUUAUCAGCCUGGUAAACCGCAGCUUGUAUGAUAUUGCGCUGGAUUUGGUACAGAGGCACCCAGAGCUAGCCACUGCACGAGAUAAAAAUGAAGAGAUAGCAUUGCACUCCUUGGCUCGAAUGCAUGUAUUGACACGUGUUGUUGAUCUAACAGCACAUGGAGUUUUGAAGAAAAUUUUUAAUAUGUAUGUUCCUCAACCAACUACCGUAGGAAGUAAAGGAAAUUUUGCAUCCACUGGAUGCUGAAGCUACAAAUGUAGAAGGGAAAACAGCUAGGGCUAUAUUUACUGAACAACACAAAGAGUUAAAGGAUAAAGCUGAGAG